AGCGUCGUUGAGCUGCUACAGAACAAAACCGCGCCGCCUGCCAUCGAAUGACAAGCAAUCCGUUCGUUAGUGCUUGAAAACAAAUUUAAACUUAAUUGAAACCGCGUUCAAAUCGUACACACACACAAAAAUAAACGCAAAAACGCGCUGGUUAUUCACAAAAGCGCGCGCGCGUGCUAAAUGCUACAGACGUAAGAAGAAACAUAAGAAGAAAAGCGAUCUGCAGAGUAAGCGAAAAAGUACAGUGAGAGUUUCACAUACUCAUACACACGCUCUGUUUAAUUAUAACAAUAAAGUCAUCAACACACUCGAUAGAAACGCAUUUUGUGCCAACAAUCGUGACCAUAACAAUCGCCGCAAUUGAAAAAAGCAUGCACGCCGUCUCGUGAAUUUAAUUGAUGACUAAGUAAUUGGCAGUCAAGCAGCCAUCCAAAGUGAAAAUUGGAAAAAAAGUUUGACGCUCGAGUUGCGUUCGCGCGUCCUGAUAAAGCAAUUAGUUUAAUUUAGUUUAAAACGUUCGUGCUACCGACGUCAGUUAAUAAAAAUAUGUAUUUGACAAGUUGGAUGUUGUUUUUGCUCGCCUUGAGUCGAACGGACUUUGUCGUCGGGAUUCUUGCUGAAGACACAGCGACAAUUACAGAAGACGAUGAUUUUCCAUCAAGACAAAAUGAUAAAUUUGUCAAUCCCACUUAUCCUUACGUCCGUGGAAGUGGUAACAACAUAGGGUCUGGUUAUCCCGAUGAUAGAAUCUCUGAUUUUGGUCGACGUUGCUUUGACCGGCUGGAAAAUGCUUUGGAACAUAUUCGGCGAAGGCAAGCUGCUAAAGAAAAAACACUUCAUUUGAAUGGAUAUUCUAUGCAUCAACCGUUAAGGUCUGUUCCUUAUGAUAUGUAUGUGACUGAUAUGAGGGUCAGGUUACCUUCGUCCAAUAGUUGGGUCCGAGUAGACAAUUGCAGAUAUAAUCCGCGCAAUAACAGCUUGGAAACACGCCUGUUAUUCAACGAUCUCACAAUAAGUGGUAAAGUCGCCCUCUUCAACGAAGCAGAACUUCAGCGGGAACCUGUCCAUCCUGAUCCUGAAGACGCAUGCAACAUGAUUCUACGCCUUCGACGAGCUGGCAUCGGAUUUUUCACCGAGCCCAUUCGAAGAGAACGAGGACAAUUCAAUGUUAGAACAGAUUCGCACUUCUUAGAACCAGGAUUUAUCAGUGUCUAUGCAUAUGGCUGCGAACGACGAUUAAAACAUGGCCGCAAUCGUGGUGAACAUGGACGAGAUCGUGAACAUCGACGAGACUUUCGUGAUGAAGAGGACGAGGAGGAAAGUAUCUCUCGGGAGAUGGAGGAUAUCUUUUUAAAAGGCAUUCGAUCACUGUUGACAACUUAUAUGCAAAAGGAACUGCAGCCGGCCAUCAAGGAGACUCUCAUGACCAACAUGGGUUAUACCCUAUCGUACGGAUAAGUAACACUCUCCAAAUUGAAGAAUUGUUAACUAAUUAGUGUGUGAACGAUGUUAUAUGUAUGGAACGUAAGCAUAAUUUUGCAACUUAGCUAAUGCAAUCUUAAAUAAAUCAUAUUUUUAUAAAUAAGGA